AAGAAGGGCAGCACUGUUCGUCUGUCAUGUGAUGAGUAAAGUUUUUCUCGGUCACCUGUCACUGAAAUAGACUUCAUAUUUUACUAACCGUGAAAAGCUUGCAGAAUGGCACAAAUACGCGCUGUUGUUCUACACACAUUUGGAUGGCUCUUUUUAGCCACCAGCAUUGUUCUUAUCUUCCAGUUUGUACUGACUGGCAAAGGUGAACGAGUAAGUGUUGGUUGGUUCUUGGCCUCCACAUCUCCUUACAUGUGGGCCUGUCUGGGAAUUGGUCUGUCAGUGGCAUUGUCCGUGGUAGGAGCUGCUCUGGGCAUUCACACAACAGGCACCAGCAUUGUGGGGGGCGGUGUAAAAGCUCCACGUAUCAAGACAAAGAAUUUGAUUUCGGUUAUCUUCUGCGAGGCUGUAGCUAUUUAUGGCCUUAUCACUGCCAUCGUUUUAUCCGGUUUGUUGGAGUCGUUUACGAUGGCAACUGCCCUAGAAAACCAAUCUGUAAUGGAUAAUAAUUGGUUUGGAGGAUAUGUAAUGUUUGGUGCUGGUCUAGCUGUCGGUUUGGUGAACUUGUUCUGUGGUAUUGCUGUCGGCGUUGUAGGAUCCGGUGCUGCACUUGCUGAUGCUGCAAAUUCGGCUUUGUUCGUGAAAAUUUUAAUUGUGGAAAUUUUCGGUUCAGCCAUUGGUCUUUUUGGUCUAAUUGUGGGCAUCUACAUGACAUCCAAAGUGAAAAUGGGUGACAAGAAAGAUUAAACUAAAAGAAGCGAAUAAGUAAAAGGAAGGUGAUAUAACCAAGCAGCAGCGCAGAUGUAAGCAACAAAAAAUACCAUAAAUAUAAAUACAUAUAUGUCUAAUUAGCCAAUAUGCUCUUAAUAGUUUUCAAAAAUUCCUGUUAAAAGCAUUGAUAAGUUCAUUGGUUCGUUUCUUGCUUUGGCAUCAUUUUUAAUAUCAAAUCGAGUCAUGUACAUAUUUCAAUUAGUAAUCUAGAGUUAACCUAUAAAAGAACACAGGAUACUUAGAAAUUCAAAAUAUUCUUUAACUUCCCAAGUCAUUCCAUGUUAGACAAAUAUUUUAUGCGCUAUUAAUUUAUUUUUUCAUAAUUUUGGUGCGCACAGUUCCGCGAAACUAAAAGAAUAAAAUGCUGAAGGGCCAAAAUGUUGGAAAUUAAAGUUAAAUAUUUUAAAAAUGAAAAUGAGGUUACAACCAACGAUCAACUAUAUUUCUCUCGUUGGAGGCAAGCCAUUAUUUCUGCUACAAACGGUAUCGACUUUCAACGGCGUCACACCAAGCAGCGCAGCGACUUCGCCUUAGUGUUAUUUAGUAUUGAUUUAAGUUUCAUUAUUCUUUAAACUAAUUAAGCUAAGGUAAAUUCGGCCGGUCAAGUCCGAUUCAUGCAAGUUUCAAUAAGAUUGGUAGGUAAUUUGUACAAAACUCUCAGCAUCAAAUAAUAUCUAACUACAUACAUUUAUACAUUUUGGAUAAAUCAUAUGUAUGAAUAUCAAUUUACUUCCUAAACUUUGAAAUUUGCCUUGAAUCCACUUCAGGCACGAAUCCGAUAUCAAAAACUACCUUUAAAUAUGUGUGUGUUACUUUUUUGUAAAAGUAUUUAUUAUUAAUGUAUGGUUAUUUAAUACUUUUAAUUGCGUAUUAUGAUUUAUUGUAUAUAUGGAAUAAUCCACUGUAUAAAAUGCAUAUGUUAAAGUGUAAACAAAAAUUUUCCAAAAGUAUUCCACAAUAAAUUUAUGUUGUUCGUUCUCUUUAACAAAUGU